AAUUUUCUUUUAUUUAAUUAACUAAUUUAUUAAUUUAUAGAAAAUAAUUAAUUAAAAAAAAUGAAAUACAUUAUUUGUUUUAUAUUUGUAACAAUAAUAACUUUAAAUAAUGCUUUUGGUAGUAUAGAUCCGAAAAAAUUGCAGUCCGACCUAACGGCGCUCAGAGCAAGCAUUGAUUUGGAAAUCAAAUUGUUGGACAACCAGUCGCACAAAGAGCUAAACAAAUUGCUGGUCGACUACGACAGUGAAGUGGACUCAUUGUUGGUCCUAUUGUCUCACGUGGAUCCCACCACUAAGGACGGUCAGCUGCAGUUGCAAAAUAUUGAAGGUGCCCGUUUGCAAUUGGUUCCCAAAGUGGUAACCGAGUCUACCAAUAUCAAUAAUACAUUGGCCGGUAUGCUGCAAAAAAGUAGUCUAGAUUUGGCACUACAGGUGACCGAUCUGGACCGGGAUCUGCAAACUCUGGCCCAAAAGGCUAAACAGGCCACACCCGCUAAUUUGGUGCUGGUCAGUUUACCAAAACUCGAUGCAUUGGCUGCACAAUUGAAACAAUCAAUUGCCGAUAUUGAAGCUGAAUUGAAAAAGUUACCGUAGAUUAUUAAAAAACAUAAAAUAAUAUAUACUAUCCUAUAAUUUUGAUUUUAUAUAUAAGUUAAAAAUUAUUGAUAAAAUCAAACU